UAUCAACAUGGAGUCUUGGCGAAUGUUAUCACAGAGAAUAUUGAGAGAUGCUGGUGAUCCAAAGGAAAACCUUUCCAAGUCUCUGUAAUUUACAUUUUUUCACAAAAGGGAACUGCUAUUAGAGGGGAAGAAUCUCGGCUCCCAAACCAGGGGGCAUCGCUACAGACCCAAGUACACCAGGUGUCGAUAAAGCUAACAGCUCAGUAACCCAGUUGACGAGGGUGGACGCCAUGGGACAGCUGCGUUUACUCCUACAGAAACACUUUGUACUUCAAACCCGUCAACCGGUAAUAUUGGCUCUGCAGUUGUUUUGGCCUGUGGCUAUCUUUCUAAUUGUACUGGUAAUUCGACAUGCUGUUCCUCCAGUUGAUCAAACCACGUGUUACUACAAUGCUCGUGCCUUACCUAGUGCUGGUCCCCUUCCGUUUCUUCAGUCACUUAUUUGCAAUGUUGACAAUGACUGCCUUAAUCACUCGUCUUAUGAAGAGAUUCCAAGCUACCCACAAGCGAGGGUUGAAGAACUAGUAGAAGAAGUAGGACCUCUUUUGACAAAUGAAAAUAUAACCAGACUGAUUAAAGAGUUACCGAAAGGUGUUGGUCUGAUGAGAGCAGUGGUAGAUACUGUAAACCAACCACAAGUACAAGAAAUCUUGAAUAAUGGUGUACAAAUUCAAAGUUUGCUCAAGAAUCCUCAAAGAAUGAAAGAAGUCCUAGUGAAAGAACUGAAAUUACUGUCCCCAGAAGCAGCUGAUGGUCUUCUCACUUCAUACAUCAAUAUACCAAGGGUUCUACACUUGUUAGGUUCAGCUAACACAGUGACAGACAUUAUGUGCUCCACUGAUCAGCUUGGUCAGUACCUUCAAGUUGAUAAAUUGUCGAGUUUGGAGCAAAUUUCACAAGUUCUUUGCAACAUAAAAGGAGAGAAUGCUACAGAUCUUUUACAGAAAUUUCAGAGUGAAUUGGAUGGCAGUCAUAUUGUUGGGAUGCUUUCUCGAUUGAUGACUGAAUUUGGACGUCCAGAUCUUGGGAACAUCUUAGAUGGCAUUUCAAAGAUGGUGAACACAAUUACUAAUCUUCGUAGUUUACCUAUAAGCAACUCUGGAUUUUCUCAGCUUUCCCAUUUGCUUCCUCAUGUGAAAGUUAUCAUUGAUUCUAUACAGAAUGGAAGCGUGGAUGUGAAUCUAUUUUUGAAGAUUGCAGAAGACUUAGAACCUAUUUUUGGGGAGUAUGGAAAAAACUUUACAAUUAUUGUGGAGUAUUUAAACUCACUUUUGACAUGGGUUGAUGGAGAACUUGGACAUCUACCUGCUCGUGAAAAGACAUUUGAAGAUAUAUUGAGUGACAAGGAUUUUAUUUAUGAUACUCUGGCAGAAAUAUUUCCCCAAACAGUUGUUAUGGUAAUGAUGAGGACUGUGCUUAAGCCUCAGGAGUCUAAAAUAUUUCAACAACUUCAAACCCCACAAGAUGUGUAUAAUUCUGUCUGCAAUAGUCCUGGCAUUGCUUCAAUGAUGAUGAUCCAGGAUAAAGAUUCUGACAUGGUCAAAUAUUGGCAGAAGAUUCAGACCAGGAUUUGCAGGUUUACAAGUGAAGAAGAUAUUAUAAGAGUAGCAAAACUAUUCUUAGUAAAGGAAAAAUAUUUUGAUAAGGGAAAAGUGACCCUUGCAGACUUAAUCAACAACACAGCUUCAAUUAUUACUAAAGUGGAGUCACUGACUUCUUUGUUUUCUUCAUGGCCACCUAAAUAUGCUUCACUCAUGAAGGAAAUUGGUGGUUUACUAGGAUCAUUCUACAAUAAGGAAAAUACAAAUUUUGAUUUUGAAAGACUUGCUAAAAGUAUUGAAAAGCUAACUGACAUGAUGAAAGAUACCGAGUAUUGGCCUCACCUGGAAUCUUCAGCAGCAACUGUAUACAAAGUUUUAAAUACUUCUUUGGAUCUGGUAAAAUCUGAACUUCUUUAUGGGUUAAAAGAAAGUAAUCUGUUCUGGCCACAUGUACUUGAAAUGUUUCUGUUGACCACUGCUAAGGAAGAAAAGCUUGAAAAGUUGCUUGUACCAUCGAAUUGGCCUGACUUGGUGUGUAAAGAAACAAUGUUUGAAUCUACAUUUGUAAUUCCUAAGGAUGUUGUUGCUAGGAAUCUGCAGAUAUAUUCUUGUCAGUUGUUAAAAAGCUAUUAUGAUAUGCUACUACAGAACUCCCAGAACAAUACAAUGGAUCCUACAGAGAAUUUGGAUUGGGGUUUACUUGUGAGGAAAACUGGAAAAAUUGCUCAUACAUUCCACAACAAACAAGUUAAUAUGCAUUAUGACUGGGAAAGACUUGAUAAAGCUUAUGUUUAUUUCAUGAGAACAUUUUGGAUGAAAAAAACAUUGAAUGAAAGAAUAACACUUGUUACAAGCAUACUCCAGACCAUUAUGGAGUACUUCGAAAACAGAGAUUUUUUGUACAGGAAUGACAUAUUAGCACUGGUGUUCUCUGCAGAUCAGAUUAUUCAGUUGCUUAACCAACAGCUCCAGAAAAUCAUAGAAUCAAAUUCAAUACAAGUUUCUUAUCUGACUUUGGACUUGCAUACAUUGACCAACUUGUUCCAACAGAUUGUUGCCAAUCUUCCAGAGAUUAUUGAAACUGGAGUUCAUAUUCUUUACAGUGAUCUGGAAAAGAUAAUGAAACGUGUGAUUCAACUUGACAGCAACAUCACCAGAAGUCCUUGUGAUGGUUUUAGUUUCUCUGAUCUGCUAGAUAUUUCACCGACAUCACAACUUAGAACAUUGGAGCAAACUGUUUGCCAAGAUAAAGCAUUUUUGAUCCAAGAGAUCCUGAGCCAACACACCAUAGGACUUAUUAUGGGAACAGUAAGGAAUGCCCACCAAGGUGGAAAAGUCAACCUUAGCUGGAUUGAUCUAGGAGACCACUUAUCUCAGCUGUUAGAUAAUCUUCACAAUGUGAGUCUGUUUGAAGGAAAACUUUUUCCUGAAAUUCCACAGUUUUCCCAAGAGAAAAUUGACAGUGCUGUUCACCGUGGACUAGAUUUAUGGACCUCAAAUAAUAAUUUGGGAAGAGCAAGGCAGAUACUACAACUAAUUGAUGUAGCAAGCCUUUUGAUUAACAGUCCAUAUGAAAAGAAUUUUCCAUUAUCAAGGGUAAACUUUUUGUCACCAAGAACUAGUCUAGACGUAUUUGCUAUUGGAAAGUUCUUAACUUGGAUGGUGUCUGAGGGGACUAAAACAGUUGCAGAAAUUAUUGAUUUGCCAAAAGAUUUAGGAAGGAAUGGUGAUCAAUUAAAAAAAUCCAGUUUAGUAUUGCAAUCCAUUGGCCUAAUGGGUCAAAUUCCUAUGAUUCUUCAGGAUCUAGUUCUUUGGAUCACAACACCAACUUCAAUAUCUGCUGUCACAUCUUUAGUUCAAGAAAGUAAGCUGGACUCCAUUUGCCAAGAUUCCGCUAUGUUAGACAGACUAUUUACAACUGACCAAAAUGGAUACAGUGCACUUUCAAGUUUUGUUAGAUUCAUGUGUGCACUAAGAAAUAAUGUGGAAAAUGUAUCUACCAAUGAGAGUGCCCAAGGUGGUUGGGGAAUAAAGGGAUUUGUAGACCGUGUGAAUGCCACUUUGCAUACUGCUGUGUUAAACGACUUGAAUCCUCGGAUGGUAGACACGUUUGACAACAUGCAGCAGUUAUCAGGAAGAAUAAGAAAGUUAGAUGAGUGGGUUGAGACUCAGCUAGGAACUCUGAGUAAUCAUACAGCAUGGACAGACAUGAAAAGUAAAAUAACCAAUCAUAUGACCACUGUGGUAUCUCACAGCUUUACAUAUGUACUCCCACUUUUUGUACCUGGCUUUGACAAAAUUGUGGCAUCGUCUAGUCCAGAUGUCGGAGAUGGCCUUGGUAUAGCAGCUUAUGUUUUUAGUAAACUUAAAAACAUGACAUAUAGUAUCAAAGGCCCAGCAAUCUCUUUGAAAGCCUUUCUUCAAGAUAUGCCUGAGUUAAUACCCCUAGGAGAGUGGGCAGAUAAGCAUUUAGUUAAUCUUGUGGAAGCACUGUUGUAUACUUCAGAAACAGAUAAUUUGAAGUUUUCAAGAUUGUUGCAGUCAAAAAAUAUUUGGGAAACUUGGUGCUCCAAACCUUUGCUUGAACUCUUGGUUCUUCCACCAGAGGGAGCAGAUGAGACAGAACUUGAAGAAGCUCGUAGAGGCCUGUGUUCCAUUGACUGGACGAAAAUAUUAUUAAAGUGGAAGGCUGAAGCAGUAAAUUAUACUGGAAGUCCUCAUGUUUCACUGCAGUCACUUACCUUAAAUCUUGGAGGAUUUUUGGACCAAAUCAAAACCAUGACAGUUGACUCAUCACAUACUUGGCAUCCACAGACUGGCCCAUUAGGGGUCCAAGUCUGGAUGAAAAUGAUGGAAAGGCUUGAAGUUCAGAUAAACCAGUCAAGAUUUGCAGAAGCCAGUGAUGCAAAUGAAAAAAUUAACAAUAUAUUGUAUCAAAGUCUGCAAAGGUUUUAUAUAGCAGCAGGAAACAACAGUUGGAUCAUCAAUUUAAUCAAUGAUGUUCUUCAAAUGACAACCUGUGGUUUGAAAUAUGUUGAAGCAACUAAAAACUGGAAGAGUUUGUAUAGUUUUUAUGAAGAAAAACCUGAUGUAUUGGCUAUUCUUGAUCUUCUGAACAGAAGUGUUGAUGUCUUUGACAUAAUAUUGCAGACAAUUGUAGAACCUGUCAAGCUUACAGCCAUUAGUAAUGACUUUUUGGAGCCUUUCAUGGGGAAGACACGUUUUUGCGCAUUAAACUCUAGUAAUUGGCAGCAGUAUUUUGAAACAGCAAGAACUCCAGAAGCAUUUCAAGUCUUUGAAACACUUCAAAGGGUUGUGUGCCAAGUAAAUUUUACAGCUGCAAUUGUAGAACUAAACCUAGUAUCAAAGUGUUUUCCAUAUCAGGAAGAUCAAUUCACAGAGAUUGUUUCCAGUCUGAACAGUACAGUGUUGAAUGCAAGCCUGUUUGAGAACACCAUUAGAAAUUUGGUUAAAGCAGUUUCUGAGUUUGUUAACAAAAGUAGCAACUAUGAAGAUAAUUGGUCAACUGCAGCCUGGCUAGAUCCUAGGCACUGGGAGUCUGUCUUCUCAAAAUUUACUAGCACAAUUCAAGAGGACGUACCUGGGUUUUUGACCACAAGGUUAACAAAGUGGAUAGCAGUUGAAGGAAGAACCUUGGAGACAAUUACAAAACCACAGCCAGAAUAUCAGGUGCUUUAUAAAGUGAUAGAGUACAUCUAUCAAAAACUUUCCAGUAUGAACAAAGUAGUUGGUUUCAUACAUCCAGAAGAUCUUUUUCCUGAAAUGCCAGCAGUACAGGAUUUUCUAAGCCGUUUGUUUCCUAUACUUCCAGAAGCUAUAGAAACAUUUGCUUGGAUGCCAUUUGUUCAAGCUAAGGUAAGACCACUGCUACAUUCAAGUAACUUGACUAAUGUUCAAGAGAUACUUUGUGAAGGGCCGAUCCAGGAAUACCUUUAUAAUCCUCGACUCUCGCAAGAUGGGUGGUUAAAACUGCAAUCUCUUAUUUGUGAUUUGAACUACACAAGUAUAGCAGAAGAACUAAAAGAUCAGUUUUAUCCUAGAGGAGAGAAUGUUGACUGGGAUGAGUUUGCUACUAUAUUGUCUAAAUUAGCAGUUGAAGUGCAGAAGCUGUUAAAUAAUCCAAAAGUAAUAAUGGACCCACGAACUCGCUGGUUGGAUCCUACAGUAUGGUUGGGCAUUUACUACAACAUGUCAAAGACAUCUGCUAACCCUGCUGUCAUAACAUACACUGCUGUUAGUGCCAUCACCACAGUUUUUUUUUCAGAUAUUUUGUAUGAUCAUAGAAUAUGCUUGAAACAAUUAAAUACUACACCAACUGAAGAUUUCUUAUGUGACCUGAGGAAGGAGCAAUUCAUCACAAAUAUUGUCACUUCAGGACAGAGAUUUGAAUCUCUAGUAUCUGAGGCUGCAGCUGGUAGAUCUGAUAUCUGGCCAGAACUCAUCAGUAAUUUAUUAGAUAUGAUGCAGGUGAAGUCACUUCUCAAGCUAUACCCUGGAAUAAAAAAACAGACUUUUGACACCAUACAUCACAAAGUUAUUGAAAUUUUAGGGGAUGUUCAACACUCUGGUGACUGGGAGGGUACACUGAAACUAAUUCCAUUCAUUUUUGACUUCUUACAAGAUGAAAAUCACCAAGUUGGUCAUGUAGCACAACAGUUUCUUCAGUUGUUGCUGGCAAGAUUGGAAUACUUAAAAAUGAAUGGAACCACAAGGUUUUCUGUUAGAGAUGUUUUCCCAGAUUCCCCAGAAAUCCAGAAAGUUUUAAAAAUGAUCAUCUCUUUUCUUCCUGAAAUUAUAACAACAUAUGUGGGAUCAUAUUUUUCUGCUUAUGAGGAAUUGCUUCCUGAAGCAUUGAAAACUCACAACUUCAGUGUGACUACCAUCUGGACCCAUGUUUGUAGCCCUCCAAAUCCAGAUACACUCUUUCCUUUUGCUAAAUCACUAGAAGGAUGGCAUAAUUUUACCUCUAAUUUCUGUGCUAUAGAUUUUGACAGAUUUAAAAAAGAAAUGGAGAAAGUAGCCAAUGUCAAGAACUUCACACAACUGGCUAACAACACGGAACCAGUGGAGUGGUCAGAAUUAGGCAGCACCAUUAUCCAGCUUGUUGAUGUCAUCAGGUGGUUAGUUGAUAACCCAAAUCAUCUUGAAGAAACUCCUGGGUGGUUUACAGACUCUUACUGGACAAAUCAGCUGAAGAAGCUUCAACAGCUGUUUUAUCAUGAUUAUACUAUGAAUGCUUAUUUGUAUUUGCAUUACUUAUCUCCAUUCUGCAGAACUGAACUUGAAGAGCUCCAAAAAUGGCCUGUUGCUAAUCCUGUUGCAGUGAAGUCUUUCCUUUGUAGAAUGAGCAGUAAAAAUUAUGCUGUAAAUAUUGGAAAUAUGGUGAAAGAAAUGAUAGCUGUGUCAAAAGAGGUAGUGCCUUUAACUCAUUGGAAAGAGUUAUAUUAUCUCUUUCUUAAUGCCACAGAAAUAAAAGACCUAUUUGGAGCUGUACUUGGUACUCAGAAGCUUAGAAAUAUUGAAUUAUUUGAAAGAGCUCUCUUGCAACUCUUAGAAGAUCACACUGAUUCUGAAAGUUGGAAGGAAAAACAAGCAUGGGGAAGCCUUGUCAAGGUAUUGGAUUAUUUUUUGAUGGAUGUUUGGGACAAACCUGAUCUUAGAGCACUGGAGGUCAUGAUAUCAACAGUCAGUCAUCUUACAGAGGAAUUAGUAAAGUUAAACAUCACUGGUCAGAGUUUUGAUUUGGCAUCUGUAGUUUCAGAGACCAAAAAGAUACAGCUUCUACUUGAGCUUAUCUAUAAAACAUCUCCAUCUGUGUUACAAUCAUUUUGGACUUUGUUAAAAAAUCCCCAAAAAGUCCAAGUGAUUACAAACUUGUCAGCUGAAGAGUGGAGGGAGAUUUUGUGUGAUGAAAACAAAUUCCAAAGAAAGUUUUCUGUGAGUAAGGACAUUGCUAUUAAAACAACUGAAUUAGCAUGCAAUAUCAGCAUUGAAGACCUAUGGACAGAAAUUAUAGAGAAGUUUGGUGUUGAAGAACUUGAGACUGAGUUGAAAAAGAUCCUUGAGAGUGAACACCCCUCACCAGGAAGGUUGUACUUCACCAGUCUGUAUCAGCAAUUAAUCACUCUUGUAGACACUUUCAAAAACCAGAUUAAAUUAGAUGAAAUUACAUAUCAUGGUGAAAAACUAUCGGAGAAGUUUGACCCAGAUGCAUGGCAGAAGGCUUUAAAAAACAUGACAUCAUUUCAACAUAUGAAAGCAAAGCAACAGAUAGACUUGGCAUUAAACCAUUUAACAGCUGUACUGGAAAAUUUCCAAGAUGUUUUCAAAAGAACAGAGGAUGGCAGAAAAGCCUUGCAUUAUGUCUCAUAUAUAAACCAAUAUACUUUACCAUCUAUUAUCAAAAACAUGGAGAACAUGAAAAAAAAAAAAAUAAGUCUUGGAAACCUUUUUAAAAAUGCCACACAUCUUCGUCAUAUCCUAGAAACUACUCUUACUGUUCGUCCGGAAAUAGUAGAAGCCUUGUUCAACUUGACAGUUCAACCCCAGAAAAUAGGAAGUUUACUAGAAAAGAUUCAGAAUGGAACCUCAGAUUUUUUCUGUUCUAAUGACUUUUUGGUGUGGAUGGCAUUAACUGUGAAAGCAAACAAUAGUCUGAAAGAGAUUCAAAAUUCUUUGUGUUCUGCAAAUAAGGAUAUUAUACUGAAAGAGCUGACGAGCCAGCUAGGGUUGGAUUUCUUUGGAACUGAGGGCUCACUGUAUUCUACUAAUGGCUCAGAGCUCAAUGUUGAUUGGAAAGGAUUGGUUAGAAAACUAGAAGAUCUAGCAGAAACGGCACGUGAUCUGGCAAGAAAACCACCUUCGAUUGAUAGUAAUAUCAAAACAUUCUAUAACCUAACCACCUGGGAAAUUAUAGCCAAGAAAUUUUUAGAACAACAAUCAUAUACUCUCACCAACAGUGUGAGUCUCUCUGUGAUGACUUUACUCCACAUUAUUGACAAAGCUACAUAUGGGCAACAUUUACCCAUUUCCAUGGGCCUGUUUCGUGAAGGGAUUGUUCUCAGUCAUUUUUGGGAACAAGUAUCUGAUGUUGGAGUAUAUGACCUUUUAACAAAUAAAUCCCUCCUGAAAGAGAGAAUGCAGGGCUUGAUGAACUAUGAAAACUUCUCUUCUUAUGAUAAUCACCAGUUUGUGAAACACAUUGUUGAGUAUUUUAAUCGUUAUCCUGACCACUUAAACAAAUCAUGCCAACGUGUGAAAAACUCCAAGUUUGACAGUUCCAAUAAAUAUUUUGUUAAAAACAUGUACAAGAUUUGUGACAGUCCUCUAGAAAUGUUGGAAAAAAAUCUGCUUGCUAUUUUGAAAAAAAAAGAAAUGUGGCCUUUCUUUGAAAAUGGUUUCUGGAGUUACAUUUUAGGAGGUUCAGACUUCGGCUUUGAAAUGAGACGUAUGUUCACUUUGGGAUAUGGAAGAGUUACAGCUCAAAUAAUUUCAUCAGUAAUUGAAUGGAUUAGAGAUGCUCCAACAUCAUUUCUACAAUUUAAAUGGGAUUACUGGAAACCAGUGUUGCAAAAUUUUUUGCCAAUUAUUCUGCGUGAAAUGGAAGCCAAUGUGUGUGAAGAUCUUCAGAUAAAUGGCACUGAAUUGAAAAUUGUUAAGAUACUAAGUUCUCUACUUAAGAAUGUUCCAGAACUUCAAACUCUGAUGUGUACAUUUCCUAAUUAUAACGUCACCAGUAUGUACAAAUGGAUCUCUCAACAAAUAGACUUGAAAGAUCUGAUACAAGAGGUUAAAGGAGUUAAGACAAAUAAUUAUGAGAGACCACAACAGUGUGUGUCACCAAUUGGCAUCUUUGCUGAAUUUACCGAAUUAGUACAAAAGUUUGUGGAGGAUGCUACAACAUCAAAUGAUCAAAUUAGAAACUGUGUAGCUGAUCUUGGCUCUUCAAAACUCUUAAAGAGUCUAGCAAAGUAUGGAGACUUCAUGACAAGUUUAUCUGUAUUAAUGACUGAAAUGAUGUCCAAAAACAAUUCAGCUGUCAGUACAGGUCAAUUUUUGGAUAUCUGGGAUACUAUUAAGGAGUUCUUGAAAUUUCAACUUCCAGUGUUUACAGAGGUUUCCACUUUUAUCAAGAAUCUUCCUGAACUUGAGAAACUUUUUGGUGCUGAACUUGGUAAUAGAAGCUCAGAAAUAGCAUUGGCAUUCAGCAAGUCUUUGAUUAAUUGGAGUCUGCUUGCAAAAUACAACUUUUCUUUGCCCACUAUCAAUAAAUUUGUUUGUAAAAGAGAAAAUCUAACUGGUAUUCUGGUGACUUACUCUGAAGCAAACGUUUCUUCUGAAGACAUAAGAAAAGCUUUGUGUGAGAAGGGAGCUCUAAAAUCUUUUUUGGAAGUUUUGGACAUUCCACAGAUCCUCAAAAAGUUGCCAGAAAUCCAAAAUAGGCAAACACUUGAUGCUGAUUGGCUUGAAAGAUUCACCAUUAACUCUCAAGCCAUAUUGAAGCACCUUUUGGAUCUUGCAGUAGUCGGUGGUAAAGCUGUUUCUGAUUUAACUUCAGGGUUGACUUUUGAUCUUUUGUCCUCAGUUGUGAGUUUAAUCAGAGAGGACACUGUAGAACAGCUGUUCAGCAGCCUUACACUUUUGGUGAAUGAUCUUCAACCUAUUUUAGAAGGCAGCCCAAUUUUGGAUGAUCUUAGGGCUAUAAUAGAGGGUCUUCAAGGUCUGAAGUCCUUACAGCAACAAAACCUAUUUGGAUUCCAUUAUAAAAUUUCAAAACUAUUCAAAAACCCAGAUAACGUGAAAGAAUUUUUGACAUCAAAUUUGGGGAUUAAUAACAAACUUAGUAGUGAGCUGAUGAAUGGAACACUGGAUCUGAGUUUGAUACUGUCUUCAAAAAAUUCAGAUCUAUCAAUUUUUGAUGUUUUAUGUGAUCCAAACAAGUUAGGGAAGGUAUUAACAGUUCAAGAUACAAGUGUGACAUUAGAGGCUAUCUCUACCUCUUUAUGCAGAGUGUCUGCUGAUAAAGCACUUAAGGCUAGUUCUACUCUUGUACGGGAGCUGGCAUUAAUGAAGCUGGUGAAAAAUUUUGGAGACUUGGGGAUAAAUGGAAUUUUAGCCAAAGCAGGAGUCACACUGGAAGAAGCUAAUGUUGCUAUGUCGACUUUAAACCAAGCACCUAAGUUAAUGCCGCAGAUUACUGGACAUCUUGCUCGGCUAACAUCUGUGAUUGAUGAACAAGUGAACAAAAACUUAAUGAAGUUGAACAUUAGUAAAGAAGGUGUGAAAUUGCUGGGAACUCCAGAGAUGUUGAAUACUGCUGGUGAGAUCCUGUGUGGCAACCCUCUCCGUACCCUGCAGGAUGAGUUUCAUUUGCUUCAUGUAGCAAAGAGAGAACCACAGCUCAGUGUUCAUGAAGUUGAAGAACUACCAAGUCAAUUUUGUAAAGAAGGUUAUGAACAGGUCAUGAGAAUGACAGGAGGUCCAAUUGUAUGGGGUUUCCUUAAGCCUAUCCUUAGAGGAAAAAUCUUGUAUGCCCCAAAAAAUGCUCAGACAUACGCUAUUAUGAAAAAGUUAAAUUCAAGCUUCGAGUCAAUUGCUGGAUUUAUGGAUACUCUUCAUGGAUGGGGUGAGGGAUCGAAUGGACUGAACUAUCUGUUACAGCGACGGGAUGUCGUGGACAAAAUGAAAGUAGGUAUUGGUUAA